ACGAGCUUAUCAUGAUUCAUGAAGUGAGAGAUCAAAGCUCCAAGCUUUGAGGCAAAGACUCGUUCAAAUUGAGCACGAAAUUGCUGCUAAAACAAUGCCAUUGCCUUCCAAAACCGUAGAUGCAUUUCACAAAAUGCCCAAAGAUUCAACCAUUCAUGGUGAUUCAGUUUCGUGUUUUGCUGCUGAAGUAGAUCCACCCUCAUUGAAAUCCCCUGCAAAAAUCCUUAAAUCUCUCCUGUUCUUCCUCCUUUAUUCUUUCCUAUUCUGACACCAUUAAUUCAUCGUAAAAAUUUCACAUCCCCCCUUCACAUCUCUCUCUCUCUCUCUCUCUCUCAAAACUAACAGAUGUCAGAAAGUGAAAUCCCUGAAACCACCGGCAAUGAACCUGAAUCCUCGUCCGGCAGCUCCACUAAUUCAAAAAUCCAAUCAGCGAUUGAAAGCCUCAUUUCCAUCGUUGAUAACAUCCCUCCUUCCCUUUCCUCCUCCGAGAACCCAGCCACUUCCCUUCUUCACGACCCCGACCUCGCACGGAAGAUCUCAUCUCACCUCCGACAGCCCAACUCCGGCGCUGGUGACAACCACCUUUGCCGAUGGCUCUACGACACUUUCCAAUCCUCAGACCCCACCCUCCAACUCGUCGUACUUAGAUUUCUACCCAUCAUCGCCGGAGUUUACCUCUCUAGAGUCGUUCUGCGUGUGCCUCUGGCCGGAUUCGAGGCUGUACUACUAGCCAUAUACGCCCAUGAAACCACGUCUCGAGGUGGCCAAGCGCUAACAGUCAACGUCCCGGAUCUCUCCCACUCAAGUAUCUAUCACGAAACCAAGGUGACCACCAAGAACAAUGCAACUGGGAUAAAUUUAGCCAUUUUCUCUCCAAGUUUGGAACCCCAUGGCACAGUCAGAUCUACCAAGAGAGCUCGAAUUGUUGGAGUGGCCUUGGAGUUGUAUUACAGUAAAAUUUCACACAUGCCCAUUGGCUCAAAGAUGGAUUUCUGUGAGUUCUGUGUGGCUUGGGCUGGUCAGGAUGGAGAUAUGUACAAGGAUGAUCAGAAGGAUCCUUCUGAACAGAGUAAACCACAGAGAAAGCAUGGAGAAGACAAGGGAGGGAGAAGAAUUCCUCUGCCAUGGGAGCUACUGCAACCAGCUCUGAGGGUUUUGGGUCACUGUCUCAUGGGUCCCAAUGAUUCAAAGGAACUGAAGGAAGCUGCAUCUGCUGCCUCUAGGAGUUUGUACGCCAGGGCGUUGCAUGAUGUCAACCCUCAAGCCAUUCUAGCCACUGGAAGUCUUCUUAGACUGGGGAAGCUGGCAAUGGCGGAUUCAACAGACAAAACGGACCCCACCGAAAUCCCAGAUUUAAACAACCCCAUUAUCACCAUCUAAUGAUUCUUCCAGUUUUCUGGUUCAGUGGAUUAUCCUUUCUCAAUAAUUCUAUUGCAGUGUAACUUGAUUUUCAACAAUAUGCAAAAUUCAUGUUAGUUUUUCUUCAUUCUGAAAAAGAUCCAAAAAAAAAAAAAUCAGUUUGCUGUGAAUUUAGGGUUUUUAUCAUAAGAUUCAUGUAAAUGCUUUGGUUAAAAAAUAGGUUUGCCCAAGACAAAACAUUCAACCUGUCAUGGUGGGUCUGAUGUCUUUCAAUAGAUAUGGUUUUCUGCAGAUUAUUUACAUAGACAAAUUUAUGGUAUGUGCUAUUUAUU